AUGACCGAUCGAAUCAAAUUUUUUUGUUUUCUUCUUUUUUUUGCCUUUCAGCUUGUUGGGGUUGUGGAUCCGCGAUCCGCCGCCAGAGAACAGAUCAGAAAGUAUCACGAGGUGGAUGAAGACAAAUAUUUUGAAGAUUGGAGAGAAGCCGUAGAAAGGGAGAAGUUUGCCGACGCCGUGAUCAUCACAACUCCGGAUAAACUGCACAAGGAUCCCGCCAUCGCAUUUGCCAAGAAGGGAUAUCAUAUUCUACUGGAGAAACCCAUGGCUGUGACUCCGGAGGACUGCAGAGAAAUCGUCUCCACAUGUAGAGAGAACGGCGUCAUGCUGGCGGUGGGGCACGUCCUACGCUACCAUCCCGUCUCCAUCCAGAUCAAGGAACUGAUCGAUUCCGGAGUGAUUGGGGACGUUGUCCACAUCCAGCAUAUGGAGCCAGUGGGGUUCUGGCACUUCGCACACUCCUUUGUGCGGGGGAAUUGGCGGAAUGAGGGGGAGAGCACGUUCUCUCUGCUGGCGAAGAGCUGCCAUGACAUCGACCUCAUCUGCUAUUGGAUGGGAAAACAAAGGUGUAUGAAGGUGUCGUCAUUCGGGUCGCUCUCCCACUUCACCAAGGAGAACAAACCCAGUGGGGCCGGCAGCCGCUGUCUGGACUGCGCGGUGGAGGAGGCGUGUCCAUACUCGGCGCAGAAGAUUUAUCUGAACACGGGACACUUUGGUUGGCCGGUAGCGGUGGUUUGCAGCAAUGGCGUCUAUGACAUCGAGUCGCUGACCGACGCUUUGAAGACCGGUCCUUAUGGGAGGUGUGUCUACGAAUGUGACAACGACGUCUGCACCAAUCAGGUUGUAAAUAUGGAGUUUGAAGGGGGGAAGACGGCUGCGUUCACAAUGAUGGCGUUCACUUAUGAGCUCGGAGUGAGGAGCACCACCAUCUACGGGACGAAGGGUGAGCUGAGCCAUCGGGGGAGGGGCCCCAUCACAGUCUACAAGUUCCUGACCAAUGAGGAGGUCACACACCAGCCCAGGAAGAACCCGUUUGUCCCGCCCUACCUGGGGGGUCACGAUGGAGCCGAUUAUUAUCUCAUCGAAGCCUUCAUCUCUGCUGUCGCUAAUGAUGACCCGUCCUGUAUUGUCACCGGCCCGGAGGACACUCUGCGCAGUCACCUGCUGGUGUUUCACGCUGAGAGAUCGCGGAGGGAGAACUGUGUGGUGAAUAUAGACAGCGAUGAGGUGUGACUACCGCAACAAUGGCUGCCGCCUGGGGCCCGUUCAUCACCGGUGCAGACUGUACUGCUCAGUCCAAGGUGCCUCCUAAUGUAAUGAUUGCAUCCAAGGAGGAGCACACAACUCUUCACACUGAAUAUUACAAUCAAUGGGCUCUAUUAUCAUUAAACAGAAGAAACCGCCAUGGAAGAAAUACGGGGGGGUUAUCCAUGACUACAUUAUGGAGGUGCAGCUUGGGGG